AUGGUGUCGACCGCUUCUGGCGCCCCGCCUGCCAAGAAGCCACGCACGACGAUGGAACGCUCACCUCAACUCGGUCAGUAGCUCAACUCGGGCGCGUUUGCCUCGUGCGUCGCGGCUGCUCGCACAUGUCCAAACUGCUCAAGCCCACUUCAUCCCGUCGACCACAGAUGUAUCAACCCUCACCUCGACCCUGCGCACACGCCUGAAAGCGUAUGCGCAACUGGCGGCCAAGCUGGACACGACCUUGAAGGACGUGAACCAGGUCCACUCGGAGCUCGACACCGACAACAAGCCGAUCAACCUCGUCAAGGGGAGGUUGGACAGGUUGUAUGAUCUCGUUGGCGAGGAUACGAAUGCUGAGCUAAAGUGGGUCAUCGUCGGUCUCGUGGCGCGCGCAGUGGGUCGCGCGUGGGGGAGCGACUGACACGCAGGACUUGAUUGGUGCAGACGACUGGAUCAAGCGAUCGAGACUCUAGAUGUGCUCGUCGUCCUAGCCAAAGAACCACCACCGCCGAUACGAGCUCCCGCUGUCACGGCCCUCGCAGGCUCUUCCAACGCCGCAGCGACCGCUUCGUCCUCGUUGGCGACGGCGACGGCGCCAACAUCAGUCUCGACGCCGGUUUCGGCCGCCAAUUCUCCAGCUUCGAGUGUACCAAGUGGGUCCUAACGCACCGAAAGUACCGUCGGAUAGAUUCGUUUCUGAUUUUUUUUUUUUCGGACUCGCAGGCAAGAAAAGAGGGCCCUACAAGAAGAAGGAGAAAGGCGACGGGGCAUCGCGAGCCGGAUCACCCACGAAUUCCUUCACCGCUUCCCCUCUCCCCGCCUAUUCGACAGUCACCUCUCCACCCCUCUCACGUCACCCUUCGAUUGCUGGAAAGACCUCGGGUAAGACCUCGGGCAAGACCGCCGGCAAAACGGGGGGCAAGUUCUCCGCCGCGAUGGCCGCCUCAGCUUCGACCUCAUCCAUGAACGGUUCGGCUGCGAUCCCUUCCCCCGCAAAUGCUUCGACGUCCAACACGGGCACACCGACAACGACCAAGAAAGCGACCGCCAAAUCAAAGAAAGACUCUUCCGCCGCCCCGACGACCUCCUCGAGCCUCGCCUUCCACGCCCAACUUCCCCUCGGCCCAGGUCGUCAAGUCGCCUUCCGCCAACCAAGCAAAUCCGUCGUACCGGGGGAGGAGAAGCAGGACGAAUGGAUCCUGGCGAGGGUGAUUGCUUCGAUCGGGGGCGACAAGCAUCGGUAUCAAGUUGAAGACGUCGAUUAUGAUGUGAUGAAUCCGACUCCGGAUGAAGGGUGAGUUUUGGAGAUGGCAAACUCCCGAGAGGCCGAGGCAUGUGGUAACUGACCGCACUUUGUGUCAAAUUCAGCAAAUUCAAUACGACAACGAAAUCGAUCAUUCCUCUUCCCGAUCGAAUGAACAACAAAACCUACCCCAAUCACGACUACACACCCGGCCAGGCCGUCCUGGCCCUCUACCCCGAGACCACAUCAUUCUAUCGCGCGAUCGUGCAGAGUGGGCCGGUCCCUGUACCAGGGUCAACAGGGAAGGUGAGGAUCGAAUCGGACCAGAUGCCUGCACCGAUAUGGAAUCAUUCUGAUGCUCUACCAUCUUUCAUCACAGAAAAAGGACAAGGAAAAAGUCUAUCGGCUCAAGUUUGAAGACGACGGCGAUUCGGUGCGCGAGAUCCCGAUCGAGUUUGUGUUGGACAUUCCGGACAAGUAG